AUGAAGAAAUUCUUCCAAGAGAUCAAGGCCGACAUCAAGUUCAAGAGCGCGGGACCGGGUCAGAAGCUCACGGAGUCGGUGGGGGAGAAGGCCCCCAAAGAGAAGCCCAGCCAGCUGCCAGCCCGGCAGCCCCGCCAGGGACCCACCAAUGAGGCGCAGAUGGCAGCAGCAGCGGCCCUGGCCCGGCUGGAGCAGAAGCAGCCCCGGGCACGGGGCCCCACAUCGCAGGACUCCAUCCGGAACCAAGUGAGAAAGGAACUUCGAGCUGAAGCAACUGUCAGUGGGAACCCAGAGGCUCCGGGGAACAACACGGUGCACGAGCCCAAAGAGGAAGGCUCAGCCCACCUGGCGGUGCCCGGAGUGUACUUCACCUGCCCCCUCACAGGGGCCAUCCUAAGAAAGGACCAGCGGGAUGCCCGCAUCAGAGAGGCCAUUCUCAUGCACUUCUCCACUGACCCAGUAGCUGCCUCCAUCAUGAAGAUCCACACGUUCAACAAGGACCGGGACCGGGUGAAGCUGGGCGUGGACACCAUCGCCAAGUACCUGGACAACAUCCACCUGCACCCAGAGGAGGAGAAGUACCGCAAGAUCAAGGUGCAGAACAAGGUGUUCCAGGAGCGCAUUCACUGCCUGGAAGGGACCCACGAGUUCUUUGAGGCCAUCGGCUUCCAGAAGGUGCUGCUUCCGAUCCCCGACCAGGAGGGCCCCGAGGAGUUCUACGUGCUGAGCGAGGCCGCCCUGGCCCAGCCUCAGAGUCUGGAGCGGCACAAGGAGCAGCUGCUGAGCGCCGAGCCCGUGCGCGCCACUCUGGCCCGCCAGCGCCGCGUCUUCCGGCCCUCGCCCCUGGCCUCGCAGUUCGACCUGCCCACGGACUUCUUCAACCUGACGGCUGAGGAGAUCAAGCGGGAGCAGCGACUGCGGUCGGAGGCCGUGGAGCGGCUGAGUGUGCUGCGAACCAAGGCCAUGCGUGAGCGGGAGGAGCAGCGGGAGAUGCGCAAGUACACGUACACGCUGCUGCGCGUGCGCCUUCCCGACGGCUGCCUGCUGCAGGGGACCUUCUACGCCCGGGAGCGGGUGGCUGCGCUGUACGGGUUUGUCCGGGAGGCCUUGCAGAACGACUGGCUGCCCUUUGAGCUGCUGGCCUCGGGCGGGCAGAAGCUGUCAGAAGAUGAGAACCUGGCCUUCAACGAGUGUGGGCUGGUGCCCUCUGCCCUCCUGACCUUCUCGUGGGACAUGGCGGUGCUUGAGGACAUCAGGGCCGCAGGCACCCAGCCAGACACGUCUAUCCUGAAACCUGAGCUCCUGUCGGCCAUUGAGAAGCUCUAG